ACUGGAGUGAUUAAACUGCAACAAGAAUCUACGAGUCACCGAAGUGGGUUGAAAUUCCUCAGCACUCGUCGUGUAACGGUUUUUUUUUUUUUCUCUGUCUGUCUUUCGGACGACAGAAUCGUUCGAGGCGACCCAAAGUUCCGCAGGCGCAGUUCUCCUCCACAGCGGUGCAGGAGUCCGACUCGGCUGUUGCCGUGGUACUUGCCAGUAGAUAGAUAGCAUCGUCGGUAGGAGGGGAUACAGAGACUCCUGCAGGCUAAUUGUAGCAGCCUGCAUUCGCAGGUGUUUCGCUGAUCUGCCUGUGAAGGACUGGGGGCUCCAUCCUGGUCGAGUCGCUCUCAGACUUGUGAGAAACAGAAAAGAAAAAAAGAAAAGAAAGAAACCCUGGGAGAAUGUUGCACCAAGUACAAUGAGCGCAGACUUGUCGCAGACACCAAAAUCCAUAUAUGCUCCGCCGAAUUCAGUUUUGAUGAGCAAUUCUGACUCGUCUUUGGAAUUUUAAAAAGUGGAUCCCGCGACUUUAUAACCAUGCGAAAUACUUGGCUGUCUCCCCGGAGUGCGAUUUGGGAAUACUGGACAUCGCUGAUUGCAUGUCUCUUUUGGAUUCAGUACUCUUACGGGAUGCCUCAUGUUAUUCGAAUAGGUGGGAUUUUCGAACAAACAGACGGACCUGUUUCACUUGUUAGCGCCGAGGAGCUUGCCUUUAAAUUUGCUGUCAAUAAUAUAAACAGAAACAGGACUUUGUUGCCAAACACAACGUUAACAUACGACAUACAGAGGAUUAAUAUCUAUGACAGCUUUGAGGCGUCGAGAAAAGCUUGUGACCAGCUGUCUUUAGGUGUGGUUGCAAUAUUUGGGCCCUCACAUAGCUCAUCGUCAAACGCUGUGCAGUCCAUCUGCAAUGCACUGGAAGUGCCGCACAUCCAGGUGCGGUGGAAACAUCACCCCAUGGACAACAGGGACACCUUUUAUGCCAAUUUAUACCCGGAUUACUCGUCAUUAAGCUACGCCAUCCUGGACCUGGUGCAGUUUCUCAAAUGGAAAACAGCCACUGUUGUAUAUGAUGAUAGCACAGGUCUUAUAAGACUACAGGAGCUGAUCAUGGCCCCGUCCAGGUACAACAUCCGACUAAAGAUCCGUCAGCUUCCUCUUGACACGCAGGACACGAGACCCCUUCUCAAAGAAAUGAAGAGAAGUCGGGAGUUCCGCAUCAUCUUUGACUGCAGUCACCACAUGGCUGCACAGAUUCUGAAACAGGCCCAGACCAUGGGGAUGAUGACAGAGUAUUACCACUAUAUCUUCACCACUCUGGACCUGAUGGCCAUCGACUUGGAGCCGUAUCGCUUCUGCGGCGUAAACAUGACCGGCUUCCGCAUCCUCAACGUGGACAAUCCUCAGGUUGCAUCUAUUGUGGAGAAAUGGUCGAUGGAAAGGCAGAUACCACCUAAGCCUGACUCCGGCCUGCUGGAGGGAAUCAUGACGACAGAUGCAGCUCUGACCUAUGACGCGGUCCACAUUGUGUCCGUUUCCUACCAGCACGCUCCGCAGAUGACGGUAAACUCGCUGCAGUGCCACCGCCACAAACCCUGGAGAUUCGGAGGCCGCUUCAUGAGCUUCAUCAAAGAG